AUGGAAGCCUCUCCAAAUCAGAACGGCAAUGCCGACGCCGCCUCCAACGCUGCCGAGCAGGGCUCCGCCUACAGUGGUAACUCGGGGCCCAACACGGCCGAGCAAAACUCGGCGGAGAACCGCGCGCGCCUCGGCCAGUUCCUUUCGGACACAGCCCUACGGGGCCGCAGCAGCGAUCAUGCCGGCACUGCUGAGCACCAAGAUGCUCGAACUCAGCGUGUGGUCGGCGCAGUCACUGCUAUCGACCAGCUCCUUCCCAACGAAGGAGGCAACGAAUCCACCAACGGCCAGGCCGCUGACAACUUGCUCAUGGAUCUUCAGGGCAUCGGCAGGCAAUUCGACGAGUAG